AAUAACAAAAUAUGCAUUCAUCAACCGUAUUCCUUAAGUUUUUCCGUGCAACAUGUACCAUUCUUUUCGAAAAAACUCAUUCAGUCUUGUGCUGUUCCCCGAAACUCAUUGAACUAGUGCUCGAUAGUGUCGUCAAAAUUAGUGAAUAUACAUUCGGUCUUGUGCUGUUUCCCUAAACUCAUUGGACUAGUGCUUGAUAGUGUUGUGCAAAAUAGUGGAAAUACAUUCAAUUUUGUGUUUUUUUCCUAGACUCAUUGAACUAGUACAGGAUAGUGUUGUGCAAUGGCGGAUGAAGAAACGCGUGAGAUUUUAAUAAAGUGGAAUUUUGAAGAUCUAGUUGAUACAUUCAAAGCAUCAAAAAUAACAAUCAAUAGAUUUAAACUUCUUGAUGAUGCAUCCAUCAAACAGCUUAUUCCAAUAAUUGGUGACCAGCUGGAAUUCACGUUCAAAUGGAAAAAUUUUUUGAAAAAAGAUACAUUUCAUCAAGACUGUUCCACGCCAUCAACUUCUUCUGAAAUCCCGACCAGUGACAAUGAAGAGUGUAGUGAAAUUAUAUCUGGUGAAAGCAGUGACUCUCAUAAUAACGGAAACCGUACAAUAAACGAUCGGCCAUAUGGUCACGAAAGUGAAUAUAGGAAAAAGAUUAAAAACGACACAUCAAAUUACGUUCAAACACUCUUACAGAACUCUGGUGCAUUCGGCGAAGUUUUAACUGAAGAAUACCGACUCAACGGUGAGUUAUCUGAUCUGUCCAGUCUGCAACUAUGUGACAUCAUUGUUUCAGACUUAAUUACGAGCUGUGACAGUUAUGUAUCCAAUGAUGAUUUGUCUGACAUAACGGAUGAAAUCCUUCAAAUUUUCCCGAACGAGCAACGGGAUACGUAUUACAUUUCUCCUAAAAGAAAGCGGGAUACCGAAAAUAAUAUCCAUACGAAAAGAAGAGGCAGACUUGGCGAUAAAUUCGCUAAUAAAUUACAGAGAUACAGAUCCAUGAGCGGCUGGUCAUCUAAACGGAAACAAUCGAAUGCAGUGAAGAAAAUUCCAGUGGAGAUAUCAGAUGAAAUCAAACAAUUGUUGUAUUGGAUAGAACAUAACAACACUUUUCCGGAAAUAAUUGAAUAUUGGAGAAAAACUUGUCGGGCACGCUACCAUCAAUUAAUUACUACUGAUGGUACCGUCUCUGAUUAUUUUAAAAAAUAUUCGGCCCUUGCUAAUGCUGAGCAUGGGCAUAAACUCCUCGAUAUAGAUUUUGCAGAAUUAUAUCCUACAGCAGUUUCUAAUAUUUUUUCGGCUUGGGACAGUUUCUUUGAUAAACUAUCCAAGUCGCAACCAAGCUGCGAGUUAGAAAAACAUCUAUGGGACACACUCGAGAAGGACGACGUCAAUAAAUACUCAAAACAAUUCAUACAAAUCUCUUUAUUAGCAUAUUUGCUCCCUCCAAAAGCAGGCGUUGUACGGAAAGGGAAUGAGAUUUGGAAACCAAGUUGUCCAGAGAGUCAACGUGGUAUGGUUGCUUACGUCCGAACAUCAGAUGACAUUCUAUCCAGUCACGACCAAUUAGUCGACCAAAUGCAUCAGUAUGGAUUAAAAGUUCAGCCGUACAUCAUUGGACAAGGAGCUACUUUGGAAAGUGUGAGCAAUUUUUAUGUAAUAGUUGAUAAAGUGCGUUACCAGUUCGACUCGCCGUUAAAGGCAUUAGAUAUUUGUUUUAAGAUUUUUUUUGCAUGUCAUGCAGAAUACCCCCCACAAUCACGACAAAUUUGGUUUUUUUUGCAAUUAGCAUUAUAUAAAUUCACAACCCCCUACGAUACGAAAUACCCCCAUCUUGCCAGAAUUUUGAAACACUUCAAGUGA